AUGGAGCCCGGCGGUAUCGUCAAAGCGCUUGUGACCCCGCCGCAGGCGGAUGAGCGCUACCGGCUGACGGGAGACAUCCUGGAAGGACAAAUGGACUUGGACAUCGCUGACGUGAGGCGGAGCGACAGCGGGCCGUACUGCUGCAGGGUGGACAUUGACGGGCUGUUCAAUGACAAGAAGGUGAUCAUGAACCUGCGGGUGGUCAAAGGUUCGUUGCUCAAACGCAUCAGUUUGCUCAUUUAUUUCGAGCAGCAGGCAGACACAGAAAACAUGCCGGACCCCGGGACCGCUUUACCUGCAGCGCUGUCUUGCUUUGUUUGGUUUGUAUCCCUGUCAGCUUCAAUCAACAGUCCUACAACAACAAGCGCAACAACAACAACAACAAGCACAACAAUACAAGUCACAGAGGCGUCGACGACUUCUGGAGUUAAUGGGAACACGCUGCCUCUGUCGCCUCAGCUGGACCUUGUCAAGGGGAACUCGACAAAGCUGCACUCCACCACAAUCACUGCGGUCAAGCCCGCUGCGUCACUCUCCCUUCACAUCAACGUUCCUGUCCUGUUGCUCUCCCUCAGCGUGCUGACAACGCUGGCGGCCAUUUUUUUGUACCUGGCCUUCAAGCGUACGUCUUCGUCCUCAUUGCCGGCAUUAAUAUGAAGUCUGUCAACUGGAAUGUUGUCGUUGUCAAUCACUCUCACACUCUUUCUUCCUCACACACUCUCUUGCACUCUCCCUCACUCACUCUCUCUCGCUUUCUCGUACAGGUGGUUCUUCCGCGGCGGUGUUAAGGCGCGGCUGUUUUUCAAGCGAGGAACCACCUCACAUCAUCUACGAGAUCAGGUUGAGAAGACCAGUUCAAGAGAAUAUCUACACUCUUGACUAGAUUCAACCACGUCAGGUCAACUGGACUGAAAUUUAACAACUUUCUCCAUCGUGUUUUGACAAUCUGAUUUAUGACUUUUUUUUCUUUUUAUUUGUAAUUGCGUCGACCAAAU